GCGCCUUCCUGUAAGAUGGUUCACAUGAUGAAGCAGUUUCUGUACCGAGUCCUGCCUGAGGAUUCCUACAAGUUGGCGACAGGAAGGCUCCAUGUGGCCCUCACACGGGUGACAGAUGGGGAGAACGUGGUGGUGUCUGAAUUUACCUCCAAGGAAGAGCUCAUUGAGGCACUCUACUGCAGCUGCUUUAUACCCGUAUACUGCGGCCUCAUUCCACCAACUUACCGGGGUGUGAGGUAUAUUGAUGGUGGCUUCACUGGAAUGCAGCCGUGCUCCUACUGGACAGACUCAAUUACCAUCUCAGCUUUCAGUGGCCAGCAAGACAUUUGCCCCAGGGACUGCCCGGCUAUCUUCCAUGACUUCCAGUUAUUCAACUGUACCUUCCAGUUCUCCUUGGAGAAUAUUACCCGGAUGACCCAUGCGCUCUUUCCCCCAGAUCUGAUGGCCCUGCAUGAAUACUACUAUCGGGGAUAUCAGGACACAGUUUUAUACUUGAAGAGGCUGAAUGGUGUCUACCUCGAGUCCCCCACCAAGAAUUUGAUGUUCCCACGGGUAGAGGUCUUCUGCUUUGGAAAUCUAUCCCGAUGCAAGGAAUGGAAAAUAACUGAUGUGCAGAACCCAGAGACCACACAGGCCAGCUUGUCAGAACCCUCGAGCCGCACUCUGAAUGAAGCCACCGAGGGGACUGUGAAGGACGAUGAUGGUCCCCCCGACUCCUCUGCUGUGCGGGCACCUGAAUCUGUCCCUAUCCAGCAUCCUCUGUCACCAGCCAGGCAGCCAUCUACAGUGUCAAUUCCAUCACUCAGAGAGUCACCUGUGCAGUCUCCCAUCUCACCUGUGGGGCUUCCUCUCCCAUCAUUACCUGGACAGUCUCCCGUGUCACCAUUUGUGCAGUCAAUGGCACAAUCGCUUCCAUCACUUAUGCAGUCAUCCAAGCAUCUCUGCUCUGUGCAGUCACCGUCCUCACCUAUAGAACUUCCUUUCUCAUCUCUCCCCACACAGUCAUCUCUAUCAUCUUUUGUGCAGCCUGUCUCACCCCCAGAACAAUCACCGGUAUCAACACCUGUGCAGUCACUUCCUUCCCCCAUAGUGCCAUCACCAACAAUAUCCCCGACGUCCCCAGCCACAUCCUAUCCUCCAUCGGUACCCCUGGAUUCACCUUCAGCGUCUCCUGCGGAGGCAUCAUCCGUGGAAGUCGAUGCCACGCCCCAGCCCCAAG